AUGCUUCGUUUGCGUACCGCCCGCAACCUCGCCAUCAGGGCAAGACCCGCCACUGCUUCCCUCUCUGCCCGCCUUGUGCCCAGAAUGAGCAAGAUGCCUGUCAGAGCUGCCUCUCAAUUUGCACACGUCAAGGUUCCACCUUUCACCAAUGAACCUGUCAAGGAGUUCUCUUACGACCACCAGAAGGACUGGGACCUUUUGCGUGCUUCCCUCACAAAGCUCACUGACAACGGUCCAUUGGACAUUCCAUUGAUCAUUGGCGGGGAGAAGGUUUACGACAGACCUACUUUCACUCAGGUGAACCCUGCCAACCACAGCCAGACCUUGGCUACCGUGCGUUCUGCAUCCCGUGAGGACGUCAAGGAGGCAAUUGCUGCUUCCAAGGCUGCUAAGGACAAGUGGGCCUCUAUGCCGUGGGCUGACAGAGCUGGUGUGUUCAUUAAGGCUGCUGAGCUCAUCUCCACCAAGUACCGUUACGACAUGUUGGCUGCUACCAUGCUUGGCCAGGGUAAGAACGUUUUCCAGGCCGAAAUUGACUGUGUCGCUGAGUUAAUUGACUUCUUCAAGUACAACGUCAAGUACGCCGAGGAGAUGUACAAGGUUCAGCCAUGCGAGACCGCCCCAGGCGUCUGGAACAGAGCUGAGUACAGACCAUUGGAGGGUUUCGUGUACGCUGUUACCCCAUUCAACUUUACCGCUAUUGCCGGUAACUUGGUCGGUGCUCCAGCCUUGAUGGGUAACACCGUUUUGUGGAAGCCAUCCAACUCCGCCGUCUUGUCCAACUACCUCAUGUUGACCAUCUUGGAGGAGGCUGGUUUGCCAAGAGGUGUGAUCAACUUCAUCCCCGGUGAGCCAGCUGAGAUCUCCGAAGAGAUCAUCAACCACGAGGACUUCGCUGCCUUGCACUUCACCGGUUCCACCGAUGUCUUCAAGAAGUUGUACGGCCAGAUUGGCUCCAACUUGUCCAAGGAGCUCUACAGAGAGUACCCACGUGUCGUUGGUGAGACUGGUGGUAAGAACUUCCACUUGGUUCACAACUCUGCCAACAUCGACCACGCUGUGUUGUCUACUUUGAGAGGUGCUUUUGAGUUCCAGGGCCAGAAGUGUUCUGCCAACUCCAGACUUUUCGUUCCUGAGUCCAUUUCGGAGGAAUUUUUCAACAAGUUGCUGGGUGCCAUGGAGACCAUCACCAUUGGUUCCACCACUGACACUGCUGGCUUGAACAACUUCAUGGGUCCAGUUAUCCACGAGCAGUCUUUCGAAAAGUUGAGCGGCGUUAUUGAGCAGGCCAAAAACGACCCUGACUUGAAGAUCAUCCUGGGUGGUGAGACCGACAAGCUGACUGGUUUCUUUGUCCAGCCAACCCUCAUCCAGUCCACUAACCCAGACCACGAGUUCUUGAAGAGAGAGUUCUUCGGUCCAAUUGUUACCGCUUACGUCUACAGAGACAGCGACUACGAGGCCAUCAUGGAGAAGAUUGACCGCACCACCAAGUACGGCUUGACCGGUGCUGUCUUUGCCAGAGACAAGGAUGCUGUGAGACUUGCUGAGGAGAAGUUGCGCUACGCUGCUGGUAACUUCUACCUCAACGACAAGUGCACUGGUGCCGUUGUUGCCCAGCAGUGGUUCGGUGGUGGCAGAAUGUCUGGUACCAACGACAAGGCUGGUUCUGGUAACCUUUUGAGCAGAUUUGUGUCUAUCAGAAACAUCAAGGAGAACUUCCAGGAGUUGACGGACUACAAGUACCCAUCAAACAUCCACUAA